AUGGGCAAGCGCUACAACCCCUUCCCUGAUCCCAAGAAGGGCAAAGGACGGAUGGUCCUGAAGAAGCCUGCAGGGGUCAAGUCAGCCUCGUGGUCCAAGGUGCCUUACCAGCGUCACAAACUAGGAGGAGGUUUUCUUCGCAAGGAUCAGACGAAGUGGCGUCGUAACAUCCAACAACUCCUAAAGGCAACCGACAACCAAAUCUUGGACAUGCUCAUGAAGGACAAGUUCCUGCAGAACUGGGAGGGUUGUGUAUGUCCUUUCUGCAACAAAGGUGUGCUGGGUCCAUUGUCUGAUAGGCCUUCAAGGGACACCAAGGCCUACAGGUGCAACAAGAAGAACUGCCAGAAGUACGUCUCUCCGGCUCAUCUGCAUCCCCUCUUCACAGUCCUUCGUGGUCCAGAAGGGCACAGCCUCCAAGUGCAAGCUACUGCACUCCUCCUUCGCCUCGCUGGAGUUCCUCUGGCCACCAUCCAUCUGCUCACGAACAUAAAUCACAAAGCAAUUGAGAGGCUCAACAGCAAUCUCAAUUUCCUCCGGAGUGGCCACGUCACACAGGUUGAGAAAACCAUCAAGUUUGGGGGCGCCCCCAAGGCUUGGAGAGACGUGGAGGUGGAUGAGGCUUGCUUCGACAAGCGGACUCUGAAGCCGUGGGAGCAAACAAAGAAGGAUGCCCAGCAAGGCAAGAACACUGAGUGGGAACAGUGGGGAGGGUUAGUCCAGCGAGGAUGUCCCAAGAGCUUGGUCCUAUUCAAACUUCGCCCUGCCAUCACAGUACCCAGAGCACCGGGGCCAGGUGCUAUUCGCAAGGUAGACUGGACGACUUGGGAAUUGGAUGCUGUGAGCAAAGCAUGCAAAAGAUGUGACGGCAGAUCUGUUUUACAGCGAGGGCGAAGCUCCACAGAGACGUGGGAGUGCUUAGCAAACAUCAGAUGGUCUUGGUUUCAGGCGAGGCGGUGUUCGUAUGCUAGAAGCAGCGACCCCAGUCUUGCUGAUCCUCUAGCACUCAGGCUUGGUGACAAUGCUUCGCAUGUACUCAUCCAAGAGCUGGCCUGUGCAUACCCACAGAUCCUCGUUGCGGUGCCAGUACUCGUACUGUGCACUACGGAUCUGGGCUGCCAGCUGCUUGGAGGAUGCCUUGCCAUGCUGGUUUAA